UCAUCCUCCCAGUUCCACCGCACGGCUUUGCACCGCUCCUCGCUGGAGGGACACACGGAUAUCCUGCAGAAGCUGCUGGACAGCGGGGCCACCGUUGACUUCAGGGACCGGCUGGACUGCACCGCCGUGCACUGGGCCUGCCGGGGUGGGCACCUGGAUGCCGUCAAGCUGCUGCAGGACCGUGGGGCAGACCUCAACCUGAAGGACAAGCUGCUCAGCACCCCCCUCCACGUGGCCACCCGGACUGGGCACCCUGACAUUGUGGAGCACCUCAUCCACUGCGGGGUGAACAUUGACUCCCCAGACAGGGAAGGGGACACAGCACUGCAUGAUGCCACACGGCUCAGCCGCUAUAAGAUCAUCAAAAUGCUACUCCUGCACGGGGCUGACAUGAUGGCUAAGAACCAGGCUGGCAAGACCCCGGCGGACCUGGUGCAGCAGUGGCAGGUGGACACACGCCAGGCGCUGGAGACCAAGGAGCAGCCGCAGGGGGAGAUGGAGGUCCCUGCGUGA